AUUCAGAAUGAUGAAAGUAUUGAUCGCCCUUGCUUCGCUGUUGGCCCUGAGUGCCGGUCAGCUCAACACCUUGACCAACACACAGGAAUUGGAUCCGGCUGGUAACUUCCGUCUGAAUUGGGAAGUCCUCCCUGAAAGCGGAGACAUCGUCUUGGAGAUCGUAGCCAACGCUGCCGGAUGGGUUUCGCUGGAGAUUGUCACCGACGAUGGUAAAUACGCCGAUGUCAUUUUCGGAGGCUACAACGACGAAUUCAGUUUCGGUUACCUUGAGGACUGGAGUCUUGAAUGGACCCCUGGCGCUCACUUGCUUCCCAUUCCGGAUGCCAGCAAAGAUGUGAUCCUGCAAACAGCUUCUUUCAGCUCUCCCACCACCACUAUCCGUGUCAAGCGAUCGCUCAACACCGGAGAUUAUUACGAUGUUCCCUUUCACAGCGGACAGAUGCCAAUUGGCUGGUCGUACAGCACAUCGGACGCUUACGACUCGGUUCACGAAGCUGCCGGUUUCGCCUACGUCACCUUCUAUUAAAAGAAAAUAGUAGAAACAUGCUGAUUGUUAAUAUGUCCACACUACUGUAGUAUGCUGUUACUUAUGAAAGUUUAAAUUAAUGACAACAAAUUUGCUUCAACUAUUGAAUUUUCCAUAGUAAACCACAAAAAAAGGAGUGUCAAGAGAUGAUACUUUGAAAGAAACGCAAUAAAAAAGGGUCACAAAAAUUCUCAUUACUUUGUUUUGUUUUGUUUUUUGUUUUACUUUUCUUAUUGCUUAUUACAACUGGAAAACUGGUUGUGGCGCAAAACUAAGGCCGCACCUGACUUAUCAAAUGAUAGAGAUUGAAAUACAUUGGUUUAACGAUCCAA